GAAUACGUACACAUAUGUACUAGCAGUCAAGUUCACAAACGAGGUACGAGUCUUACUUCAGAUCUGGAGUCCUGCUCACCAUACUGAACACUCUGAAAGCAGUGAUGGAUUCAGAUAAGAAUGAGCAGAGCUACACCCUGAGAGGAAUGUAAAUGCUUUUCAGGAGAUAUAGGCACUAUUAGAGAUGAAGAGUAACAGAUUGGUCACCAUAAGAGAUUUCUGGGGAACGGUUCUGCUGUAUUAUCUUCUGUCACCUGUCAAUCAUCUCACUGUAUCUGCCAGUGAGUGUGAAGGUGGGCAGGAUGUGUUUGCUACUGUCAGAGAGAACAGUCCUGUGGGAGAAUUCGUUGCCAAUCUCACCAUCACUGGAGACCCUUCAGCCAGUCAACACAACCUGACUCUCACUGGUGAAAAUGCUGACUGGUUUUGGCUGGAAGGGAAGACCAUCAGACUAAAUUCCUCCUUUACACGAGUUCUGGAUCGAGAGGUGCAUGGCCCUAUUCUAAUAGCGACUCUGAGCUGUUAUGAGGACGGUGCCAUCCAGAGUGAGCACAGAAUUACAGUGGAGAUUCUCAACAUAAAUGACAACAAACCAGAGUUUCUACAAGACACCAUCCAGCCUAUAGAAAUCAGUGAGUUGACUACAGUGAACUCCAUAGCAUUCACUGUUCGGGCAACAGAUGCAGAUGGAGACACACUCAUAUAUGGCAUCAAUGAGACAUCGCCUGAUGCUAGUUAUUUCAGAGUGGAUCUGCCCAACAGUGGUCGAAUAGUUCUGAACAGAUCUCUGGACUAUGAGACUAAAACUCAGCUUCAGCUGCAUCUAUAUGCUGUGGAGAUGAACACAAAAGAGCAUUACAACACAACAGCCACAAUAACCAUCAAUGUGACUGAUGGAGAUGACCAGUACCCACAGUUCCAGCCAUGCAAACUCCUGUCCCUCAGUCAAAGCAUUUGUGUCAACCCUCUAUACACAGUCAACAUUACUGAGCAAGACGAGGACGUUGUCUUGGAUUUCUUGCCUGGCCCAAUUCUAGCAGUGGAUGGUGAUGAGGGCUUGAGAACACCCCUCACUUAUACAAUCCUGUCAGGAGCUGAUAAUGGGCGGUUUGUGAUUGACAGCGAGACAGGGGAAGUGAGGCUUACUAAGCGGGUUGAGAACAGAUUGCUGACACCUACACUUAGACUGCACAUUAUGGCUGCCCAGAGAGAUGAUCCUAUGAAGUAUUCAGUUGCUACAGCACUAGUGCGGGUUGUGGCAGAGAAUCGAUUCCCUCCUCAGUUCAGCCGUUCCACAUACCAUGGCUUUGUCAGUGAGAGCACCAGCCCUGCCACUCUGGUCAACACCUAUGGAAAUGAACUGCUCAUACUGGAGGCCACUGACCGAGACUUUACAGACGGCUUCAACCCAAAGCUGCAGUAUUCUCUGACCUCGGACUCUAACAGCUCUCAAUCCUACUACAUUACCCAGGAGGGACUUCUGAUCGCCAAAGCCAGUCAGCUGCAGCCAAACCACAAACACUCUCUGGAGGUUCUGGCUACAGACCAGGAGUCUGGAGAUGUUGUUAAAGCUGUGGUUGACAUUGAGGUUCUACAGAAAGGAGUGCCAGUUCCGCAGGGCCCACUGGAAGAGGGGCACCCCUAUGGCAGUGGGACAGUGGGCAGAACAGGGGGCGUGGUGGGGGUCUGUCUGAUCCUGCUAGCUAUUGCCUUGUUUGUUCUGGUGUACUUUUUGAAAAAGAAGAGGCAGAGACAGCACCCUGCCAACCGUGCCAACGUAGCUGAGGGCAAGCACCCAAAUGUGAGUCUAAGAUGGUUUCAGCUGGUGAAUCACGGAAGAGCACAGCCCCAGGCUGAGGAAGUCUACUAUCACAAUGAGGCAUUCAGUGGGUAUGAUGCCUCCACCUCCACUUUGCAUGGCACACAGGGCUUUUACAGCAAAGCUGAGGAGGAGUCUGGUAAAGAGCCCCAACCCAAAGUCAGCUUACCGUCAGAUGUUUUAACUUUAACCACACCGACAACAGAAGACACAUUUCCAGCUGUAAAGACCAAUGGAAAGCAGAUGGACAAACCCAUCAGCAAGUCAGUGUCAUUUCAGGAUUUUGUUAUGGUGAGGGAGUGUGAAUCCCAAGUGGACGAGGACAGAGAAAGAAGUGACAGUGCAGGUUUGGAGGACAUUAAUAUUGAUCUCAUAGGAAUAAGUGUUGAUCUAGAUGGAGUUACUGUAGACACAGAGGAAUCUAGUGCUAAGCCAGAGAGCAUCAAUGUUGGACCAGAGAAAAUUAACAGUGUAUCGGUUUUUGAGACUCCAGACAUGGACCUGAACAGAAACAGAAAAGAUCUUGGUAUAGAAAAUGCAAAUUCUGAGAAACCUGGAAUUUCUGAUCCAAAUGCAGAACAAGAAGCACCAGAGGAAACAAGACAAACUCUCAGAUAUCCAGACCUGCCAGAGCCAUUAGAUGGAAAACUUGUCAUUCCACAAGAAGACAAGCCUAACUCAAACCAAACAAGAACAGACAUAGUUGAGGGUGUAGCAUUUGACAACACAGCAAGUAAAGAUGCAUCUAAAGCAGAAACCCUCAGCACAGCAAAGUCAAAUACCAUCAAGCCCAAUAUGAUAAACCCAGAUGUCUCAAACACAGUGGCAGAAAUACCAGAUGUGCAAUGUUCCAACAGUAAAAGGCCAGAUACUGUCACCACAGAGCCUGAGGUACCACAUGAAAGUCUUAUACCUUCAGCGACUGGAGGAAUAAAAAUAAUAGUUACAAUAACAGACACAGACGAGACAAACACUGACUCGGUAAGCGGAGAAACUGAAGCGCAAGACAUGGUAGAAAGAGAUAUGCUAAAAAUAAGAGAUGUGACACAUGACUCACCACAGCAUCAUGGGACAAAACAUAUGGCUUCAGCAGGAGAGGCAAAGAAUGCAAACAAAGACCCAGAAGAAGCUAACUCAGGCAUUUUAAAUGUGCAAUAUGACAGCGAAGACAUUUCAACAAACCUAGACAAUAUGAGCCAAGACGAGAGCAAUGCUCCGUUCAACCCAGACAUAAACAAGCAAGUAUUGAACCAUUCAGAUCUCAGCCAUCUAUCAGCAAACAGUCCAGAAACAAACAUCUAAACAUAACCAAGCAAGCAAAGGGUCAUGCACUUAUCCCUGAUGCAGGUUAUCUACCAUCAAGAUAUGAGACAUCAUCAUAAAACACACUUAGGAGACAGCACAGCAAUAAAAAUAUAGAGAAAUUACUAUUAUUAUUACUAUAAGAAUGAUCAUGCUGAAGAGCUCUGGGGAAAAAGAGGUGGUCUUAACUGAGUCUAAAUUUGUUACCUGAAGAAUCCUCUGUGCUUCAAGUACAGCAUAAAGAGCCACUUUAAUGCACUUUUUCCAUGAGGAAAAAGAUGGAAAGCAAGGUGUGGACAAGGCUGGGUAACAACACCUGAUGCAUAUUUCAGCUGUGCAGUGCAGUACGCAACAUUAAAUAUAUUGCACUGUACUGCAGUACAUAAAAUGCAUUAAACUGACAUUCACCCAUUCUCUUUUGGAGUUCGGUCUAUUCAGUCAACAUACAGCCUAUGAAGAAAAACAGACACUUUGAACUGCUAAGACCUGUCCUUAGCAAAAACAAGAGCAAUUUAGACUGCUGCUGUGUCAUACAUGUAUUUCAGACAAUCAAGCAGGCUAACUCUGUUGCAACAUAAACCAGCUUAUACAUGAAAAAAGUGGCCUGUUCUGCGUCUCUACUUGGAGAAAGAUGUGUUUUAGAUAUGAAACGACUCCUUUAUAUUAAACCCUGCAAAUGUAAAGAUGCUUUGUGAUAUUGUUCAUUAUGUAAAGAACUACUCAAAUAAACUUCAACAAGGGCAAACAGC